UUUUUUAUCAAUUAAAUGAGAUACACGAUUUUUCUACAAUACCCUCUGCCCUUUCAUACUCCAAAUGCUCUUUUAAAUGCUGCAGUUUCAUUCAUUUAUUUAUUUAACUUUUCAGGAAAGAAAAAAGGUGAGAUGCAGACCAGUGAGGAUCAGAAGAUUCAACAGAAUGAAGCCAUUGGUUCAUUUGCUCCAAGGUAUGAAGCUGAUACAGUUCAGCCAAUAGGGAGUCCAUGGAGCACUGGACUAUUUGACUGUCAUGAGAAUCAGACAAAUGCUGUUAUGACAUCAUUUUUCCCGUGUGUAACAUUUGGGCAGAUAGCAGAAAUAUUAGAUGGUGGAGAACUUAGUUGUCAUCUGGGGAGCUUCAUUUACCUAUUAAUGAUGCCUGCUUUGUGCUCUCAAUGGAUAAUGGGGUCAAAGUACAGAACAAAGUUGAGAAAAAGGUAUAAUUUGGUGGAAGCACCAUACACGGACAUAGUCUCUCACAUCUUUUGUCCAUGCUGUUCCCUUUGUCAAGAGUUCAGAGAGCUAAAAAUAAGAGGACUUGACCCUGCUCUUGGAUGGAAUGGAAUUCUUGCACAAAACCAUGCAAAACAGCAAAGUGGUCAAACAUUGAACGUUCCUCCUCCAAACCAAUUCAUGUCCAAGUGAACACAUUCACGGUGGAGCUGUUAAAAUUUAAACCGAGUUGUAUUUCUUUUGAUUCUUUCUGUGCUUGUUUACUUUUGAUGUCUGAUGCUUGUGUCUGAAUUGUAAGAAAGAAAAUAAAGCCGAAAGGUGACAAGUUUGGUAUGAUAGGUAUAUCACUGUAUAAAAUUGUUGCAUCCAUUCU